AUGGCCCACACCUGCCACCACGUCGCCCUCUCCUUCGCCACCUUCUGCGGCCCGGCCUCGCUGAUCCAGAACCCCUGCGGCGAGCGCCACAUCUGGCAGACCAUUGCCGUCGGCGAGCCCUGCGAGGACUGCAAGCCUGUUGGGAGCAGCAGCGGGGGGGCGUACCAGGCUUAUGUUGGGCGGUGA